AUGGAGCUCGGAGGAGCAGGCACUCUGCUCUUGGCAGUCAGUGUUACAGCGCUCAUAUUCCUCAUGACGUGGAUUAACAGCAAUAAGAGGAAGAAUAUGCCCCCUGGACCAACUCCUCUUCCUUUCAUUGGGAAUAUUCUACAGGUGAACAAUAAAGAGCUGCCACAGUCAUUCCUAAAGCUUGCCAAGGUUCAUGGAGAUGUAUUUACUGUCCAACUGGGGACCAGAUCAAUCGUCCUCCUCCAUGGCUAUGAUACUGUGAAAGAGGCUUUAGUGGACAACGCUGAUGUCUUCAGUGACAGGGGGACUAUACCCACAGUGCAAAGGAUAUUUCAAAACUUUGGAAUUAUAUUUAGUAAUGGGGAGCGUUGGAAAGUGUUGCGUCGUUUCUCUUUGUCAACCCUGAGGAACUUUGGAAUGGGGAAAAGGAGCAUUGAGGAGAGGAUCCAAGAAGAGUCUCAAUACCUCAUGGAAGAGUUUAGGAAAAAGAAAGGUUCACCUUGUGAUCCUACAUUCCCCUUGACAUUAGCCGUGUCCAACGUGAUCUGUUCCAUUGUCUUUGGUGAACGUUUUGACUAUGCAGAUCAGACAUUUCUCAGUCUUCUUGAAACAAUGAAAGAAACAUUUAAGUUGGUGAACUCAGCAGCUGUGCAGUUGCUCAAUAGUUUCCCAAAUUUUAUCCGUUAUCUCCCUGGACCACAUCAGAAACUUUUCCAGAACAUUAAAAAGAUACAAGCCUUCGUUUUGGAGAAAGUGAAAGAACAUGAGAAGACUUUGGACAAAGACUGUCCCAGGGAUUAUAUAGAUUGUUUCCUUAUAAAGAUGGAGGAGGAGAAGAAUAACCCUAAUACGAAUUCUACUUUAGGAACCUAUUUGUUUCUGUGAUGAAUCUUUUCUUUGCUGGGACAGAAACUACAAGCAACACUUUAAAAAACGCAGUUUAACAAUUCUGAGCAAGUACCAGGAUGUAUUAGCAAAGGCCCAGGAAGAAGUUGACGGUGUGAUUGGUCAGAAUCGUAGUCCCUCUAUGGAAGAUCGGAGCAAGAUGCCAUAUAUGGACGCUGUCAUCCAUGAGAUACAGAGAGUUUCAGACAUUGUGCCCUUGGGACUUCCCCAUGCAACAACUCAAACCACCGUCUUUAGAGGCUAUACCAUCCCAAAGGGAACCACCAUAUUUCCCCUUCUGACAUCUGUCCUGAAAGAUCCAAAGUACUUUCAGAAUCCUCAUACAUUUGACCCGGGUCACUUCUUGGACGAGAAGGGUUGUUUCAGAAAAAAAGAUGCUGCCAUACCAUUUUUCUAUGGGGAAGAGGAUCUGUCUUGGAGAAGGGAUGGCCAGAAUGGAGAUCUUCUUGUUUCUUUCCUUCAUCUUGCAACGUUUUAACCUGAAAUGUGAUGAGGAUCCUUCAAAUAUCGAUAUCACCCCGAUGCCCAACACCAAUGGAGCUGUCCCUCAUACUUAUAAGAUACGCUUUAUUCCCCGCUAA